AUGGCCGAUGCCGAGCGAGAGCGACUCGAACUCAAUGCCCGCAUAGAAAAGCUGGAAAUGGACAAGCGCGGGCUCGAGGCGGAAAAUGAGAGCACCAUCAACCAGAACCGUGAUUUGCUUGAACAACUAGAAGCCCUCAACAGCACCCUGAGCGAUUCCGAUGUCAAAAUCAAAAGUCUCGAGUCUACCCUGCUCUCAUCACAGCAGUCUGUCCGCCUCCUCGAAUCUUCAGCCGGCCGCGCCGCCGAUUUCGAACGACACAUCGCCAUUCUAGAGGACGAGCAAGAGAAGUUGCUCAAUGAACUUCGCAGCUCCAAGGAGGAUGCUAGAUCUCAUUCCCAGCGCUUCAAGGAGGCGCAACGUGGCAUUCUGAAUAUGCAGGACCAGCUGGAUCGUAUCGAAGAGGAAGCCCGGCAGGAACGCCAACGACACGCCCAAGUCAUCGAAAGAAUGGAGCGACAGCGCGAAAUCGAGAAACAACUUGACACGGCUGCCGGCCGGCUGAAGGGUGCUGCUGCCACCAAAUCUCUACAAGAGCAAAAGAAUAGCAGCAAGAUUGUGGGCCACUUCGUCAAGGAUCUGCUGCAGGACAACGCCAACUUGCAGCUUGGAAUGGCCGAGUUGCGGGAAAUGCUCAUCAACUCCAACGACGAGAUCCAGUCCUUGCGGGACCAACUCAUGCAUCAUCAGCCAAUGGCCCCCGACUCCAGCAGAGCAUCGACUCUGAGAGCCGAGCUAGAAACUCUACUCGAACCCCCCUCCGUAUCCCAAGAGCUCCAUAUCCACCACCACUACCACGUAUCACAGAAGCACGAAACCCGAAAACUCAAAAAGAAGCGGCAGGGACUUUUCCCAGGCGUUUUCACACCCCCAGCUGCGUCCGCUCCGUCAUCACCGCGAAUCUCUGGGAAUUGGGGGGGCCUCACCUCUUCUCCGACUGCGCCCGCUCUGCUCUCUCGUGUCCCUGAUAGCGACACGUCCCCUACCGUGUCGAAGCCCGCUCAGGUCUGGGAUGGACAUUCUCGACCAGCGUCUGAAAUCUCGUCAUCGUUGCCAAGUUCGCCACAGUUGCAGCAGAAUCGAGUCUUCGACUCGACCUUUACCGAUUCGGACCCCCCCAACUCACCAACAUCAAGCUUCGAUCCCAUGUCGCCGACCUGGCGAGCUGCCCAUUCCAAGAGACCAUCCCUCUCGUCGACGGUCAGCUUCCAGUCACUUGCAAUGUCACUGAUGGACUCUGUACCGGACACUCCUCCCUGUGGUCCGGUGACUUAUCCGCACUGCCCAAAAGAGACUAUUGAGGAGGAAGACGAGGAGGAGUCGAAGCUUCCUCCGCUCAAGAUGCCUACGCGGACCCCGGCUCUCACGCUGGAGGCUGCAACGCCUACGGAAGACUCGUCACUUGCCGAAGAGGCCGAUUUUUGCCCGGAUGAGAUGAUGCCGCGUCCUCGGCUGCAUCGCGCGUCAUCGCACGAAUCCAUAAUGUCCCUUUCAGGCGGUCUUGACAUUCAUACCCUCAAGUCAAGACCCAGCCAAAUGACACUGCGGCCGCUAGGAGGGGUUGAAGCCGUGGUGACGGGCGUGAUUGCUCGGCCUACUCUCUCAAAGUCGACGACGAAACGCAGUGACGCAGCAUUACGAGACCACUUUGCUGGAUUCCAAACAUCGAGGUCGGCUUCCAGUCCAAACGCUGCCCGAUUGUCCUACAGUCCGGCAACACCCCAAGGCAAGCUGGGCAAAUGGGUCGGAUGGCGUCCCUGGGCCGGCAGCAGUCCUAGCCCAAACUCGUCGCCUGUGCUGCAGCCCGAGAACCUUGGCAACGCGGACAAGGACAAGGACAAGGAGUUGCAUCGAUCGCCCGGAAUCAACCAACCCGGCGCGAUACCCGGAUUCCAGCAGUAUUGGUCUCUGCAGAAGCGCAAAGGAGCUCCGGCGCAAGUCACGGCCACAACAGUCGAUCGCGAAGCCCUGAUAGAAGUGCUGCAGGAAUAG